AUGGCUUGUUCAGAAAAUGUUAAACAAUGGCUUAUGAAUUUUAUUAAGAGACAUGGUGGUCCUUAUGAAAUCCCUCAGGACUGUAAACAGUCAUGGGAAAAGAUGCAGGAGUUUUUAGGAGAAAUGUUAUUUGAUAAAAAUGUUUCUGAUAAAAAAAGAAAAGGGUGUAUUGUGCAAGCAUUGCUAUCAUGUUGUUUAAAAUUAGAGGGAAUUGUAAAAAUAAAGGAGGAUGAAAUGGCAGAGCUAAAUUCAGUAAUUAACAUGAAAUCUGAGAAAUUGAAUAAUAAAAUUGUAGAUCUAAGAGUGCAUGCAGUUACAACUGGUGAAGCUUUGAUUGAAAAGGCAAAAAUGUGUGAGGAACUUACAGUGGAGAAUGAGAGGCUGAAUGAGAAAAUUUUGGAGAUGCAAAAAGAAUUGUAUGAAUGCAGACAUGCUACUAAUAUGGCUUUUAAUAAAAUGGCAGAAAGCAUGGCACCUUCGAGUAGGUCUCCGGUAUCUGAAAUUCCAGGGUCUAUUGCUAACCCAGGGAUUGGAGAUACAGGAUACAAACCUCUUUAUCCAUGGGAGGAUUUGAAACAAAAGUCAGUGACAAAUCUCCUUGCGGCUCCAACUACAACAACCACAGUGUUGAAUCCUGAUAAUUCUGGAGAGAUUCAGCUGGUUACUAAGCAGUUGAAGCAACAAGAAAUGGAUGCCAUAGUUAGAGAAAUAGGGCAGGUCCCUCAGCAGGAUAUAAAUCGCUUUUUGCAAUGGUUUUGUGGAGUUCAAAGAGUGAAAGAGAUGUAUAGUUUGACAACUAGUGAUAUGGAAAGAGUGCUGCAGAGAGUUGUUGGAAAUGGAUUGUGGGUCAGGAUUGUACAGACAUGUGGUCAGCAGCGUAGAACUAGGGAUAUGUUGAAAGAGAUCUUGAGAGCACUUUAUGGAGUUACAUCAAAUGUGUCAUUGUCUGGAAAAAUUAAACAGCUGAAACAAGAGUCUCCGUAUGAAUUGUCAGCUAGAAUUUCCACAGUGAUGGAACAGUUUGGUGUCAGUAAUCCUGGUUUUGAACAGGGAGGGCUGGUGCAUAGAUCAAUGUUUUUGGAUGCAUUAGAGCAAGAUAUUAAAGAUGAGAUAUUAUUUGUAACCCCAAACCCAUCAGAAAUGUGUGAUUUACUGUUAAGAGCUGAUAAUUUGUGGCGAAGAAAGGUUAAAAAUGAGAGUUUUGCUGUAGAUGCUGCAAGGAUUUUCAGAGUAGAGAGGAGAGACAGGUCUGCUAUGUAUCCUCAGAAACCAUUCAGGGGAGAUAGAUUUCAGCAUGUGGGAAAUUUUAGAUGUGAGAAUGAAUCUGAUAGUGACAAAAGACAGAGAGAUCCACAGAGGGGCCAUAGGAAUAGGGAUAGUGCUAAAGGGAGCAAUGUAAUGGGAGAUAAUUGGAGAAAUAGAUGGAAUGAGCCUCAGGUAAUUAACAAUAAUUGGAAUAAUAAUAACUGGGAGAGGCUAAAAAGGAGAGAUAAUAACUGGAGAAAUAACAGUUGGGGAGAAAAACAUAGAAACAACAGGAACAGUUAUUGGGAGAAUUCUUGGAGAAGGAACCAUAGAUGGGAUGAUCAGACCAGUAGACGGAAUUGGGAUAAUUGGAGGAAUAAAGAAGGGAAUAGAGAAUACUGGGAUCUGAAGAGACAGACUGAGAGAUUGGAGGCAGAUGUAAAAGCGCUUAGGGAACAGAUGAGAGAUGAGGGAAAGACUGAUCAAUUGAGGUUUCCCAGCAAUUAACUACCAUAAUUUUUUUUGUUUUUCUCUACAUGUGUAUGUAUGUUUGCUUUUCUUUUGUUUCUAUAAAAAUAGCCUUAAGCUUAUUUUUUUUAUCUUUGUAUGGCAACAGACCGUUGUCAGUUUUCUAUAGACUGCAUGCUGACAAACAUCUUUGAAUCUUUGUCAUUUUUUUUUUUUUUUUAAAAAGGGAUAUAACAGAGCAUCAGAUUGGAAACUGAGUAAUGUUGCAAGAUUUUUCCCCUUACCACACAUUUCCAAAACCAAAAUGGAAAGGUCCAUAUAUUGUGCUUGACAAAAUUGGCCCUUCUGUGUAUUUGUUAGAUGUGGGAGAUGAGCACUUUAUGCCAAGUUAAUGUAAAUGUUAACAUAGUCUCUUAGUUCUCUUUUCCAGAUAAUAGGAGAUGGUGUGGAUCCCUGGAAGAGCAGCCCACAUAAGGAAUAUGAAGUGCAAGAAAACAGCUGUCGUGAUGUGGUGGUUAUGUGUAUCGUUUUCUAUGUAUAUAUUGUAUAGCUUAGCAAAAGGGAAUGUCAUGAAGAAUAACAAUAAAAUGGUACAUCAGAGUACUCCAGUAGAGGGUUAUCAUAGGGAGAAAAGGAGUUCAGAAGAUUCAGAGAAUAUCAUUGUAACAUUAAAAGUAAAGGAACAAUCACCUGACGUUACAUGUAAAGAUAAUCUUACAGUGGUUGGGCCUAUAGGGGGGUGGAUAGUGAUACAAUGUAAUAUUUCAAUGCCUGAAACUAACCUUCCCUCUGAAUUUGCAGUUUGGAAAUAUCCAGGAGGAAGUGAUUUACAUAAGAGUACAAGUAUAUUUUGGGCCAAUACCACAAAUGAAAUGAGGAUAAAGAUGCUGCUUGAAAGAAAUUUUACAUUUUCCCAGGAUGGUGUUGUAACAUGCAGCCCCCAUCAGACUGGAUUACAUGAUACAGUUGACCCAGCAAUUAACAUAAGAAUUAUAAAUUCUCAGGACUGUCCAACUACCACCCUGUGGCCAGAGCAUGGCCUUUUCUUACAACCAACACAAACUGUUGUGUAUACUGAUGUAUCUUAUGUAACAUUACUAUUAUUGUUAAAUUUUUCAUUAUUUAAUAUGCCAGAGAGUUGCCCAGAGAUGAUGAAAGAAUGGUUUAAAAAUGUAUUUCAAGCACAUAUUAAUCUAUGCUGGGAUGCAACACAAGGGCUCAAGUUUAGAGAGAGAGAAAAAAGGGAUCUGGGUACUGAUAUAAUCUCAGGACUCAGUUUGGGAACAUCAAUUUGGAAUAGGGCAGACAUAGAGGGUCUUAACUCACAAGAACAAAAUUAUGUUAAUGGGUUGCAGCAAAUUAUGCUUAAAGAGGGACGAGUGGAUUUUAACACUCUAGCUGAAACUGAUGUCACGAUACAGAACAUUCACACAGUUGCUGCAGAUUUGCAGUGGAUCAAUAUAUCUGUGAAUGCUCUCAGAGAAUCCGUUAAUAACAAUAAUGUAUCUAAAGCUAUGGUAUGUGGUAUAGUUGGAAAUUUACUAGACGAACAUCUAAAUUUAGGCCUCCAAGAAAUAAAACGAGGGGAAUGGCCCAGAAUAAUCAAUUCUACCCUAGUCUUUGAUCUGGUUAGGGAAUAUGGCAUAGAUUGUCAGAAUGUAGUCCUUUCCAAAAUUAAAGGUCUGCAGAGUUGGUGCAAUAAGUGCAAAUUAGGAAAAAAGGUAAUUCCAUUAAUAAUUGACAUUCCAGUUUGGACAGAACAGCCUGUACCUGUUUAUAAGAUGACUAUGUUUGGUGAGUUGGAAGUGGCUAAUCGCACUAAUGUUUUAAAGCAAUUCCUUCCACAAACUCGCUUAGUAAUAAAAGAAGACCAGUUCUGGAAAGUUAUCAACCCCAGUUGCUGUGACAGACGUGGUAAUGCUUGGCUUUGUUCCUGUGUACUAGAACCACUAGUCCAGGCAGAUGGGUGCAUGGUGGAAAACUCAGGGAGCUGCCCUGUUCACCUUCACAAACCCAUAAAUGGUUGGAAAAGAGUGGUGCACGGACAGGGUCCCACGAUCUGCGCACUGGGAGUAUCUUCAGUUCUGUGGCAGCAAACAAUACAAUGUAGGGUACCCCCAACAGGAUGGUGUGUUAAUCUUACCUAUGGCUCCAUGAAAGUGGGCAAAGAGGUCAUAAGAGCCAAUAUCCAACUCACACAAAGAUCUAUGGACGUGGUACAGGAAGAUCUAGGAAAUUGGAAUAAAAUGGCUCCCUCACUUUUUAAGAAAAUCCCACCACUUAAUGUAGAUUUGGAUACAUUAUUUAAAAGAAAUAAUUGA